AGGUCGUUACCGUUAGGCGUAAAAGGAUUCUAUAAGGAUAAAAACAUUUUCAUUACUGGUGGAAGCGGUUUUGUUGGAGUAUGUUUAUUGGAAAAAAUUCUCAGAACAAUUCCCGACCAUGGAGAUAUAAACCUGCUCAUGAGACCGAAAAAGGGGAAAGAAAUUCAAGAAAGAUUGGAAGAAAUAAAAAAGAAUUCGGUUUUUGAAACGUUAUUGAAGGAUAAAAGUGCAGAACAGGUGUUUUCUAAAGUUAAAGUUAUCGCUGGAGAUGUUGGAGAAGAUAACUUGGGAAUAUCUCCUGAAGACUGGCGUCAGCUUACUGAAAAUGUUAACGUUAUAUUCCAUUCAGCAGCUACUUUAGACUUUGGAGAUACACUAGAUGUAACUGUAAACAUUAAUUUACUAGGAACAAGAAGAGUCACGAAAUUGGCUAAAGAAUGUAGGAACUUGACUGUUCUUGUUCAUGUCAGCAGUGCCUACGUCAAUUCUUAUAGAAGCGAAGCUGAAGAGGUAAUUUAUCCAUUAGCCACAGAUGCAGAGGAACUAAUAGCUACAGUUAAGAAACUCAGUAAAGAGGAGUUACAAAGUCAAACACCGGAAAUAUUAGGUGAUCAUCCGAAUACUUACACCAUUACAAAACAUAUGGCUGAACAUGAAAUCCAAAAAUGUGAAUCGCUAUUUCCUUGUUCGAUUGUCCGUCCAAGCAUGAUUGUUGGAGCUUGGAAGGAACCUACAGCCGGAUGGACAAUUAGCAAAAAUGGACCGCAAGGUUUUUUGAUGGGAGCAGCAAAAGGCGUUAUAAGAAGGUUGCCUGUUGCCAAAGAGCUAAUUUAUGAUUACAUUCCUGUCGAUAUUGUAAUUAAUAAUUUACUUGCUGCUGGUUUUCAUGCAGGUUUAACAAAACCAUCAAAAGUAACAGUUUAUCAUGCGACUUCUAGUACAAGACAUCCAUUCCGUUGGUCAUCAGUUGAAGAUAGGUUUAAUAGUUACUUACACAACUGGCCUCUAAAAAGUGCUGUUUGGUAUCCUUAUAUGAAGUUCUUACCUUCCAUUACAUGGUAUAAAAUUUCCGCUCUUUUCGUCCAUUUCUUUCCCGCCAUUAUUUUAGACACAGUCACUCGCCUAAGUGGAGGUAGACCUAUUUUAAUGAGAUUACAUACAAACGUUAACAACUCGUUAGGAAUGUUGGAGAAAUUUAUAUUUUCCGAAUGGAAAUUUUACGCGAGUAAAACUGAAGAAUUGCAGGAAUCCUUAAAUAAAGAAGAUCAAAAGACUUUCAAUGUUAAUUUGGAAGAAUUAUCGUGGCCUAAUUAUUUUAACGAUUUGGCAAUGGGAGCGCGAGUUUACUUGAACAAGGACCCAUUGAAGACUUUAAGUAAAGCUAAAACUAAAGACAACAUUUUAUUGGGAGUCCACCUCGUAUGGCAAGGUUUAGUCUUCUCCCUACUUUGGUUUUUAUUUGCCUGUGUUACAGGCACGACGAUGUAUUCGUCGGCAUUUAUCGUACCUAUUAUUUACAUUUUAUUUAAUCUGUUGUAA